GCUCUUGUUUCGGCGUUCUCCCCGUUCUCCCCGUUCUCUCCGUUCUCUCCGUCUCUCGUUCAGAGUGGGACUUUGGGACAGAUCUGGAGGAGCCGAUCGGAGAAUUUACACCAUGAACCGAGCCUUCAACAGGAAAAAAGAUAAAACAUGGAUGCACACUCCCGAAGCCCUCGCCAAGCACUACAUCCCCUACAACGCCAAGUUCCUCGGAAACACAGAAGUGGAGGCUCCCAAGGGCACGGAGGUGGUGAAGGACGCCGUCAGGAAGCUGAAGUUCCAGAGACACAUAAAGAAGUCUGAGGGGCAGAAGAUUCCCAAAGUGGAACUACAGAUUUCAAUCUACGGAGUCAAGAUCCUCGAGCCCAAAACCAAGGAGGUUCAGCACAACUGUCAGCUCCACAGGAUAUCGUUCUGUGCAGACGACAAAACAGACAAACGAAUAUUCACCUUCAUCUGUAAAGACUCUGAGUCCAACAAACACCUGUGCUACGUGUUCGACAGCGAAAAAUGUGCGGAGGAGAUCACUCUGACCAUCGGACAGGCCUUUGAUUUGGCUUAUAAGAAGUUUCUGGAAUCGGGAGGUAAAGACGUGGAGACCAGAAAACAGAUCGGAACAUUACAAAAACGAAUCCAGGAGUUGGAAACAGAAAACACAGAGUUAAAAAAGCAGCUUCAGGAUUUAGAGGAGCAGCUGAUGAUCGCACACGUCCCUCCGGCCAGCAGCGUCUCCCAGAAGCCUCAGUCCACAGACAUCUUCGACAUGGUUCCCUUUUCUCCGGUCGCUCCUUUGGUUCCCACCCGGGCGUCCAACGGGUGCCCCCCUCCGCCGCCCACAUCGCCCCCUCCAGACAUCAACAAAGACCUUUUCGGAGCCGAGCCGUUCGACCCGUUCACCUGUGGAGCCGCGGACUUUCCUCCAGACAUACAGUCCAAACUCGACGAGAUGCAGGAGGGGUUCAAAAUGGGACUGACCCUAGAGGGCGCUGUGUUCUCUCUGGACCCACUGGACAGUCGCUGCUGAUCGUCUGAAGAAGAGGAACAGGAAGCGCCGAACUCGAGCCAACAUGUCCGCCGUCCGACCGCAGCUUCACACGUUUAUACGAGCGGAAACACGCCCCGCGCCGCAAAACGACAAACACGAGAGGCGAGAGGACUGGGAUCGGAAUAUUAGUCGUGUUUGGGGCAGCGUCGUCACGAUACUGAGAUUUAAAACUCGAUUUCGAUACCCGAUACCGAUUCUGAUAAUGAAACGCACACUUUCUUCAGAUUUUGUGAUUUUCGACAUUAAACGGUUGAACUUUCUUUUCUUUUCCCACGUGGCCUUUCAGACGGAAAAGUUCAUUUCUGUCCUAUGACUUUUUUAGUAUCAAUACCUGCUCAAAUGAGUAUCUAGUUUCGAUACUACCGUAUUUUCUGGACUAUAAGUCGCACAGAAGUAUACGUCUCACCGAAGUAUAAGUCGCUCUGAAGUAUAAGUCGCUCUGAAGUAUAAGUCGCUCUGGAGUAUAAGUCGCACCGGAGUAUAAGUCGCUCUGGAGUAUAAGUCGCUCUGGAGUAUAAGUCGCUCUGGAGUAUAAGUCGCACCGGAGUAUAAGUCGCUCUGGAGUAUAAGUCGCUCUGAAGUAUAAGUCGCUCUGAAGUAUAAGUCGCUCUGGAGUAUAAGUCUCACCGAAGUAUAAGUCGCUCCACCCAAAAAAAUGCAUAAUAAUGAAGAAAAAAACAUAUACAAGUCACGUUUUUUGGGGGGAAAUUUAUUUUACAAAAUUCGAGACCAAGAACAAACAUUUUCUCUUUAAAGUGAAGUUAUUAUAAUAUCAAUAAAACGGCAGUACGGGACGCUAACGUAUUUUUGUUCAGUCUUUCUCAGAUGUUUUUUUUUUAAAUUACCGUAAUGUUGAAAUUUUAGAUGUUCAGUGUUACUGUUCCACGAGCCUAGAGCGCCCUCGUGUGGUCGUCAGUGCAAUAUAUAUUUGAUAUAUUUGAAUAAUUUCACGUGUAAGUCGCGUCUGAGUAUAAGUCGCACCCCCGGACACACUACGAAAAGAACUGCGACUUAUAGUAAAGAAAAUACGGUAAUUUAAAAUCGGUUAGUAUCGGAUUUUUGAUACUUUUGACAACUCUAGUUUGGAGUAGUUUAGGUCAUUUUAGAUGCGACAACUGAAUCGAUACUUCACAAUGACAUCACGUUUUCUACACGUAUUGCCGGAAUGUUCAGCGACACAACGCGCACAUUAGCAAACACGUCCAAAAACGGUUUUAAGAUCGUCCGAAAAUUCAGGAAAAAUGGAUUUAAACGGCACAUUUUCAGAAGCGUGCGAUCAAACCGAGCGUUCAUGAUCCUGUUUUUUAGGUUUUAGACAAAAACGUGUGAGCGACUAACAGGGAAAAAAAAGUUGGCUAACGCUAGCUAGCUUGCGGCUGUAAUGUUAUUAGAGAGAGACUUGUUUAACAGUUAAAAAAACCUGUAGUUUGAGCUAAAUCCGCUCUUUUUGGGUCAGAUUGUGUUCAAAUAAAAGGUCAGAUUAAAGUCUAACAAAGCGUCAGACGGAGCAGUGCCUACAGUUAGCAUCACACCGCUAGGGAACGUCGACGACAUUAGCUGCGAAGUGUUGAUUUUUGGCGUUUUCUGACAUGAAUUUAGGAGUAAAAGUGAGACAAAAGCUUUAUCGAAUCAAGACCGAAAAGCCAAAAAGUGUAAAGCCUUUCACGAAAUAAACCCAAAAUCACGUUAAUAUUCCGAAUCCCAGUCACUUCCGCGGAUUUAGACACGGAUUUGUUUUGCGGCGCGCUCCUCAUUGUAGAAAAGAGCUAUUUUUGUAAGCAGAAUCUCAUAGUUUUGAGUACAGGAGGCAGGUGUAAAUAGUGUAACGUUCAGAGGUACGAUCAGCGUGGGAUUUUUCAUACUCGGGCGGUUUGUGCGGAUGCUUUUGUUUAUUCCUUUUGUACGUCCAGUGUUGAUGAAAUAUGAUUAUGAAAUGUAGCUUAAGUUUAGCAGCGGCAGCAGAGUUUCACACAGACGAUAAAAGAUUUUUAAAAAGACACUUUAAUUUGAGAAACGGGCGUCAAACUCAAUUUCACCGAGGGCCACGUCAGCAAAACGGUUCGUCUCAAAUUUGCAAAGAUAUAAAAAUAUGUCUGUGUAACUCCUGAUAAACUGACAUUUUAAGAAAGUCAAACAUUUAAAUUUACCUUGUCGCGGCCACAUAAAAUGACAUGGCGGGCCGCAUUUAGCCCCCGGGCCUUGAGUUUGACACGUGUGCUUUAAAGUGUCCAAAGAAACGCCGUCCUCGCUCUGGGAUGGGAUUUUGUGAAUUGAUGACAUGACGUGUUUUUACGACGCAGCAGCUGCCACUUAACUAAAGUAAAACUGUGAUAAAUAUUGAGCACACGGACCGUCCCAAGAAAACAAAUAAAAAAAUAUAAAAAAACAAACAAAAAACAACAUAAAACCCGUCGUAUGGACUUUAAAGGGCCCGUUUUACAGUUUUCUUUGUUUUACUGUUGUGUUUUUGUUUCAUUCUCACAUGUUUAACACAAACAAACCUGCAGAUUUAGGCUGAGUUCUUCUCUCAAACUGAAAACACUCUGUUCCACCUCGUGAUGUCAUCAUGUGGUGCUCCACUGUGUUUUUAAACUUCACCUUCACUAGAACGACUAAAUCAGGUCUAAACCAGGUCUAAAUCAGGUCUAAACCAGGACUAAACCAGGACUAAACCAGGACUAAACCAGGACUAAACCAGGACUAAACCAGGACUAAACCAGGACCAAACCAGGACCAAACCAGGACCAAACCAGGACUAAACCAGGACUAAACCAGGUCCAUGUGUUUCUCCUCUGUGGGUCCUUAACCAUCAUUUCCAGUACAACAGCGCCCUCUUCUGGUCUUAUUGAGGUGUUUUAAAUAAUAUAACUCCACACCAGUUUAUUCACUCAUUAUUAUUCAUUAUUAUUGGUGAGUAUUUGUUAUUUUAAAGGAUUAUUUGGUUCUUUUAAACACUUUUGUGCACUUUUGUCCCUCUGUGAGCUCUGCUGCUGCUCCACUCUGAACAUUCCAGUGUCUUUACAUUUCAGUAUUAACAUGUUUGAAGUGUAGUCAUGAUAUUCUUGUUUUCAUGUUGUUUUUGCACUUUUGUUUUUUAUGGGAGAUAUUUUACUACAUGUAUAAAUGUCCACUCGGCAUUUCGGUUGCAAUGACUGUUGUUUAAUUGAUAAUAAAGAGUCGUC